AUGAAUAACGAACAGUUCCGGAGGUUACUUUUCGAUAACAAGACGACCUCUGCUAGGCCGACGGAGUCUACGGCCAAACAAGCGUCGUCUGGUGACAAUGCUGCUGCCACAGGAAGAAGUGGUGCGUUGGGGUCAAGGAUGCGAUCCAGCAUCCCAAUGACACCGCGCGCGGUUUCAGGUGUUGAUUUUGCUCGCCAGCUUGCAGAACACAGACGCGACUCUGAGGGUCAGCCACCCUCCAAGAAAUUCAAAUCGUCUACUGGCCCAAAAGGGUAUAAAUAUGCCCCAGGAUACGAGGAUAGGGCAUCAUUACGGCAGAGGAACGAUAGUAAGGAGGCAGAUGAUCGAGAAGAACGUGUUCGUGGGCUAGAGGAGCUAUUGAAACUCGGACAAAUUGACCAGCCUACUUUUGACAAACUACGAGCCGAGAUUGGAGUGGGUGGUGAUGUCUCGAGUACUCACUUAAUCAAGGGACUUGACUGGCAGUUGUUGAAGAGGGUGAAAGCAGGCGAAGAUAUUACCACUAAGAGUCAAGAUCCACAACCAGACGCAACGCAUGAUGAUGACGAUGAGUUUGAACGAAUCGUGGAGGAAAAAGAGAAGGACAAGGUUGGGAGCAUUGAGGUAAGGGAGAAGGGGAAGAAGAAAGGCACUUUGGCGCCUUUGGCACAAGUGGGAAGCAAAAAAAUGACCCGCGAUGAGAUCUUGAAGCAGCUCAAAGCGAGCCGCCUAGCUACAGCACCCCAACCAGAACCCUCACUUGGGAGCAAGUUUAAGAAGAUUGGCUCCACAGAAAGUAAGAAAAAACGUUGGAUCGAGACGGAUGCCAAUGGGAGACGGAAAGAGAUAUUGGUCAUCACAGACUCAGAUGGGAAGACAAAGAGAAAGACAAGAUGGCUGGAUAAACCGGGAGAUGCCAAUCCACACCUUCUAUCAGUGGAUAAGAACGUAAAGCCGCUUGGGAUGGAAGUUCCGGCGGAAUUUUUGGCGAGGAUGAAGCCUACUGAUCCCGUGGAGGCUGAGGAGGAUGAGGAUAUAUUCGCUGGUGUUGGCGAUGAUUACAACCCCUUGGCUAAUGCUAACGAAGAUGAGGGCACAUCUUCUGAGGAAGAAGAUGACAAAAAUGAUGGUUCAGCCGUGAAGGAAACCACCUCCCAGCCUGGAGCAAAGACCCAGAACGAAAACAAACCCCCUUCGACACAACGCCGUGACUAUUUCACUACAGGCAAAGUCAAGCAGCAACCAGAAGCUUCUGCGCAGGAAUCUGCCGGCAGCUCCAACCCGCUUAUGUCCGACCCUACCAUAAGAGAAGCAUUGAGAAAAGCUGCCACUAUCAGAACACAGGAAGCUACGUCUGAUAACGAUGACGCGGCUAAGAAGUCUGGCGAAAAACAUAAAUCAUUCCUCGAGGAAGCUAGACGUCGAGAGAUGGAAGAUGCUUUGGAUAUGGAUAUGGGUUUCGGCGAGAGUAGAUUUGGGGAUGACGAUGAUGAAGAGUUUCUUCAGGGAGGCUCCAGCCACAACAAGAGAAAACGAGGGCCGAAGAAGAAAAAGGGAGAUAAGAACAAUGUCAGUGAUGUGUUGAGUGUCCUAGAGGGAAGAGGGAAGAGUUGA